UGAGAGAAACUAUGGCCUUCAUGUGCAAAUUCCUCCGUGAAAACAACCAGGAUUUAUCAGAGAAGCUCAAGUUCCUGGACUGCGUAGACCUCAUCAGCACAAACUUCGACUGCAACGAGAAAGAGGGAUUCAUGGGUCGGCAGCGCUACAAUCCAUCUUUGAUGAGAGACACCAUCAAGUUUCUUAUUCCUGAAACGUCUUCCGCAGAUGUCCAGGAGCGGAUCAUGGCAAUAUCCAGAAUCACCAGGCUGAUCUGUUGCAUUGAGUGCCAUUGCACAGCAAAAGGAAUGAAGGCCUUCAAGAUCGGGAAGCUGGUGGGAUACCUCAUCCUUUGCAGCAAUGACCCCAGUGAGAAUGUGUGCCACUGGGCCGCCGAUGGGCUCCACCACCUGUACACCUUGAUCCUCCAGCGAAAGAGUAUGAUGAAGUUUGGGGACAGUGAAGAAUUUGAGGAGCUUCUGCAGGAGUGGGAAGAGGAAAAGCUCUUCUGGCUGGCCUGGUUCUCCGACGUCAGCCCCACCACCGUGAGAUUCAAAAAAAGCCUCCGUGCAGAUGAACAGUUGGACGUAAUUCUCGUGGCCAUCAAGGGCAUGAGGGACGACAACAUUUACAGGACAAAGGCUGCCACCCAGAUGCUGAAAGCCAUGCUGAGGGAUCCUCAGCCCAUUUUCAUAAAGAUACCAAAAAUCAUCAAAUCCCUGUAUUCCGAUUUGGAGCACAUCAGCGAUGCCCGGGCCCGCCAGGAAGUCUUUCGGUUCCUCUGGAUGCUGGGAAAGAGUCACCCGCAAGAGGUGGUGAAGACACUCCUGGGCUGCUCCAUUCAGUGUGACUGCACGGCCUCUGCCAUGUGGAAUGCCUUGACGUGCUUCUCUGAGCCCGCGCAGAAGGUGCUGAACGUGCUGCAGUCCAUCCUGCUGGAGCAACCACUCUACUCUGACGGUCCCGGGGUUAAGGCCACCUUGAAUCCUUUGGCUGCCACCACAGCACUUUACGAGAUCUUGAGACGUCCAUCUCCAGCCUGCAGAGAGGCUCUGAGAGCAAUGUAUCCCAUGCUCUCCAUUGCUCUGCUCUGCCAGAUCUCCUACACUGUGCACUUUACACCAGAGGAGAUCGACAUCUAUUGGAGUGCCUGCAUCCGUCAGGAGAUUCCCACCCCUCCAGCUCCUCUCAGGUCUGCACUGAGAGCCUUCAAAGGUCUCAUCCGGCGUGCAGGUGAUGGAGAUCAGGCCCUGAUCAUGAACAGGAGGGGAGGCUCUGAGCUCCUGGUACAUCGCGGGACUCACCAGAAAGGACUCACUGUCUUUGCGAGGUAG